AUGGCUAAAAUGCAGUUCUCAGGAACUUACCUCAGAGCUGGAGACUGUGCAAGUAAGCUAGCGCAGACAACUUUCCCAGACUCUGACAUUGCCAAGAAGAUGGCCUGUGGUCGGACAAAGGCAGCAGCAAUCGUGACUGACGUGCUUGCCCCUGCUUCUGUUGAAACUUGUUUAAAAGUUCUGAAGAACCCAUUGAUGAAGCCAGCAUUGGAGGGAACAACCAAAGUCCACAAGCCUUUCUUCUCAGUGGCUUCAGAUGCUUCCAAUCAUGGCUCCACAAAACUCUUCCCACUGUGUGUGCGAUACUGGACACCAGACUUGGGUGUACAAACAAAGGUCCUUGAUUUCUAUGAUGACAGUUGUGAAACAGCUGCUGCUAUCUACAACCAGAUAACCUCCAAGUUGAAGGAAAAUGGCCUGGGACUUGACAUGAUCUCUGCGUACACUGCUGACAACGCCAGUGUGAAUUAUGGAAGAAAUAACUCCGUUUUCCAGAAACUGAAAGAGAAAAAUGGUGACAUUUUGAAGGCUAAUUGUGUGGCGCACAUAGUCCACAACAGCGCAAAACAUGCAGGGGAUCGUUUGAACAUUGACAUUGAAAUGGUGGUAAGCAAAAUAUACAGUCACUUUGCCUCAUCCGCCAAACGCACUGAAGAACUGAAAUCAGUGUUCAACUUUGUGGCGGAAGACUACCAGUCCAUACAACGACACGUUCCCACAAGAUGGUUAAGCCUGUGGCCAGCAGUAAACCGACUGCACAGCAGCUGGCCAGCUAUCAAGAGCUACUUUCUCUCAUUGGGAGAGGAACAGUGCCCAAAAUCCCUAUGGCAGCUGUUCAAGGAUGACCAAGAUGGUGAGGGCAACCCCCUUGAGCUGCAGGUUUACCUGUCCUUCCUCAACAAUGCUCUGAAAAUCUUUCAUGACAUUGUGCUGCUUCUGGAGCGAGAGGACGCCACCGUCUGUGAGCUCUAUGAUAUGAUGUUCACUCUGAAAACUAAGCUUCAGCAACGACAGAUAGAUGGCUUCUUUGGUGUAGAGACGGAUGCACUCCUCCAAGUGUUUCCCAACCAACAGGCAGCUGCUGUCAAACAUGACAUGUGCAACUUCUAUCAAGUCUCCCUUGCCUACCUGGAUCAGCGCUAUGAUUUCACAGACAGCAGCUACCAGAAAAAGUUAGCUAGCUUGGCAUUACUGAAGAGCCCAUUCACCUUCUCCCAGCUCUGUGAUGCUGUCACUGUCCUGCACCUUGGGAAGAAGUUGGACAUGGAUGCUCUCUAUGACGAGCAUUGUGUUGUUCUGCCACGGCAACAGGCUGUCAUAGAAUCAGGAGCUCCAGUUGUUGAGAAGUGGGCUGCCCUACUCAAGCAAACAGACACACCAAACCUCAUUUGCUUCUUUCCUCUUUAG